AGUACUCGUCGAAAACGCAACGUCAAUCGGUCGCCAGUAUUUUUAAAAAAUAGAUUAAAUCACACCAUUGUUUUCUUAUACAAAUUCUAGACGAUUGAUUUGAUUAUUCUACCUAGGCCAUAUUUGGUUAGUGACGAAAACGGCGAAAUGUGCGAAAAGAGGAUUAUCGUCGGUGCUAUUUUUUCUAACCAGGAUUUUAGGUUUAUGUAAAGGAGAAUGCCCGUAAGAAGGGGACAUGUCGCCCCGCAAAAUACAUUCAUCGACACUAUCAUUCGAAAAUUCGACGGUCAAAACCGUAACUUUAUUAUAGCGAAUGCUCAAGUUAGCAAUGUCCCAAUUAUAUUUUGUAACGAUGGAUUCUGCGAGCUGGUCGGUUAUUCUAGAGCAGAAGUUGUACAAAAGUCAUCUACUUGCGAAUUUCUUCACGGUCCUCUUACAACACCGUACGCUAUUAAACAAAUUCAGGAUGCCCUUCAGGGUAGCGAAGAGAAACAGGCCGAAGUUCUGUACUACAAAAAAGAUACUACAAAAUUCUUAUGUAGCGUCCUUGUUGCCCCGGUAAAGAAUGAGUCGAACGAGGUGAUAAUGUUCAUCGUGAAUUUUGAGGAUAUUACGGAUGCUCCCGUCAAGAGUCAAUAUCGCAAUUCUAUUUCUACCGACCGCGGAAAAGCGUUCAAGCUCCGUUUACCCAUGCUCCGUAAGGACGUAAAGACCGAUGGAAGGAAGAAAAGAAAGGAUAUCGAAAAGCAAGAGGAAUCGGAAGAUGAAGGCGAAGCAGUACCCUUGCAAUCAAUACAAGGAGACGUUGCCGAUGGCCUCCGAAAGGCGUCCAGCUUCGAACAUCUAGAUGCCAAGGCGUUUUGUAAAGAUGGUAAGUGUAUUAAUUAAAAAUAUUGCUAUAUAAAUUACAAAUCAGAAUGUAACACAACUACAUCCUUUCGGAUGAUACAAACUGCAUACAUAGAACGAUAUACAAUAAUGUAUAUACAGUUUGUACACAUAUGUAUAUAUAUGUAUAUAUACAUACACACAUACGCAUUCAUAUAUAUAUAUACUGUAUAUAUGUAUAUAUAUCCACAUUUUCAAUUGGUGUGGUUUCCUUCUUUUCAUCAGUAUUUAAUUUAAUUUUCAGUUUUUAUUUUUGAUUGUUUUAUCGGUGCAUCAUUUUUUUUUGCGCGUUUAAACGUUGUUAAAACAGGGCGUCCUUUCGACUCCAGGCAACGCUCGUAUACUUGCGACGCCAGUGAGUAAAAAUAUGCAUGGCUUUCGGCUUUUUUUGUGGUAUUCUUUUACUGCUUCGUUUGAUUGUGCCUUUUACGUGUGACAAAAGAAAAAGAGCAGUAAUGAAGAAUACGUGCAUUAUUUAGCCGGAGGAAGAAAGCCUUUUCGACAUAGUCUUCUUUCGGCUCAGGCCUUGAGCGAUUCGGAACUAAUUAAACGCCUACCAAAGAAUAUAACUGAACAUGCGUCGUUUUGCAGGUGCGUUGAAACGUUCCAGACUUUAUUCCGUUUCGUCGUUGACUGAUUUCGAUCAAAAGAGAUCGGUGGAACGUGAAAGUAUCGUCUCGUCGAAGCAGGGAAUCUUUUUACCUAUGCAAAACAUGAAACACAACGUAACUGAGAAAAUGGCGCAGGUACUUUCUCUGGGUCAAGACGUACUACCCGAAUAUAAAUUACCGACGCAGAGAAUUCAUCGAUUUACUCUACUGCAUUACUCUCCGUUUAAGGCAGUCUGGGAUUGGCUGAUUUUGAUAUUAGUUAUCUAUACGGCAAUUUUCACUCCCUAUUCUGCCGCUUUUCUUUUAUCCGAUACGGAAAAUAGGCAAGGUGAAAAGCAGACGGAUCCUCUGAAGAUAAUUGACAUUGUUGUCGAUGUCAUGUUUAUAAUUGAUAUAUUUAUAAACUUCCGUACCACGUACAUUAAUAAGAACGACGAAGUAGUUAGCCAUCCGGGUAAAAUCGCUGUUCAUUACUUCAAGGGUUGGUUCUUGAUUGACGUGAUAGCGGCAAUUCCCUUUGAUGCCCUCCUUUACGGCUCCAAUAAUGACGAGACGACUACUCUAAUAGGAUUAUUGAAAACAGCAAGGUUGCUAAGGCUCGUUAGGGUAGCGAGAAAGUUGGAUAGAUACUCCGAAUACGGAGCAGCAGUACUAUUACUACUAAUGGCAACUUUUGCCUUAAUUGCCCAUUGGUUGGCUUGUAUUUGGUACGCAAUAGGGAAUAUGGAAAGAAAGAUGAACAAAGAGAAGAUUGGUUGGUUGGACGACCUAGCCCAGCAGACUAAACAGCCGUUUAAUAAUGGCACAGGAGGGGGUCCCACACUCAAAUCCAAGUAUAUUACGGCCUUGUAUUUUACGUUUUCAUCUCUAACCUCUGUGGGUUUUGGAAACGUUUCUCCAAAUACAAACACGGAGAAGAUUUUCUCCAUCUGUGUCAUGUUAAUAGGAUCGUUGAUGUACGCGUCCAUCUUUGGUAAUGUUAGCGCCAUUAUACAACGACUCUAUUCGGGUACGGCUCGCUAUCAUACUCAAAUGCAAAAGGUUAAGGAAUUUAUACGCUUCCACCAAAUUCCCAAUCCGUUAAGACAGCGUCUGGAAGAAUACUUUCAACACGCUUGGUCAUAUACUAACGGUAUUGAUAUGAAUAUGGUGCUGAAAGGCUUUCCCGAAUGUCUUCAAGCCGAUAUAUGCUUGCAUUUAAAUAGAAACCUGCUCAAUAAUUGCCCAGCUUUUAAAGGAGCGUCACCGGGGUGUUUACGGACUUUGUCGAUAAAAUUCAAGACUACUCACGUACCACCGGGUGACACACUAGUGCAUCGCGGAGACAUACUAGAUGCGCUAUAUUUUAUUUCGCGCGGCUCGAUCGAAAUUCUCAAGGAAGAUGUUGUCAUGGCAAUACUUGGAAAGGACGACGUCUUUGGGGAAAACUUGUGCAAGCACGGAACUGUGGGUAAAUCAUCCUGCAAUGUACGCGCGCUGACCUAUUGUGACCUUCAUAACAUCCACCGCGACGACCUUUUAGAUGUUUUAGAAAUGUAUCCCGAGUUCGCCGAACAUUUUGCAAAUAACCUCGAGGUAACGUUUGAUUUAAGAGACGAAGAAUUGGUCAUUCAAAGCAGGGCUAUUGAUAUUGGUAGCGAACAGGCGCAGCGCUAUCCGUUUUUACGUAAUCGUAAAUCUAAAUCGUCCAUUUAUUGUAAAACAACUCCGUCUUCUACAAAUAAUGCUGUAAUGCAAAGAUCAAAAGACAUAUUUACUACGGAAGAGGAUGACGAUGAUGAGGCACAGGAUGCCAAACGAUCAGGUGUUGGCAUAUUAGAAUUCUCACCGGAGAAAGCCGGUUUGGACGUUACACCAGCCAAUCUGGAUUUCCCAUCACCCUCCGCCAGUGGGGCUGCUGGAGGUGGUAAUAGUGGUUCAGGUCCCAUUUCAUCAAUUGCAGGAGGCGCUAAUCAGACAAAGAAGCAUACGCCAAUUGAAAGACAAAAACGUAUCCAAGAAACAAUCGAGAAGAAUACGGAUAUUAAUCGACGUAUCGAAGAACUAUCUCAACAGUUAAGUAGGCUAGAAGAAAAGAUGUCGACCGAUGUACAGAACAUAUUAAAUGUUCUUCAACGAAAAAACGUUCAAUAUCAAGAGGACAAAUGGCCGUCACCACCACCGCCUAUUGUUUAA